UCCCCAGUCGUCAAUGACUCGAGCGAAAAUCCGCUGUCACUGCGCGACACUCAGUGUCACAGUGUUGGACUCGGAAAAACGCUCGAGUUUUCUCGUUUAAAUGAAAAGCGAUACAGGGGGGAAGAAAAGAUGAAAACGUGAUCUCAAGGAUGAAAGUGUGGCGUCGCUCGUGGCAGUGAAACUGUUGAUCACUCUUGCAGUGCUCUAGUAUUUAUAUAUAUCCUUAUCUCGUUAGAACACUCGCGGGUGCCGGUCGAUACGAGAAUGUUGAAGGACAAAUGCAGUUUCACGCAUGGACAGCAUCAUUUGUGGAAGGAGGAGUGCGGAAUGCAUCUCAGAAGUGAAAUGGCAAAAUUCGUCUGAUUUUUUUCCAUCAGCAUUUAUCAGGAUCCCAUUGACAUGUCGAUUGGGAGAAUUGUUGUGGUGAUUGUCUGUGUCCUGUGCCUCGGCGGGGGGUGCGGGGAGUGCAGUGAUACCAGGAUGAGCGCCAGUGGUGAUUCUGAUGAUGGUGAUUUUCAGCAGACAUCAUCGCGAGUCCAGAGAUCACUGACACCAUUGGAGAAACCGCAGCUCUCGAUCUGCUGUCCACCAGGAAAAUUCAUGGCAUCUUCCGAGUAUGUGGUCUGCGCCUCAAAAACCUCAAAGCCUGUUUACGACCCCGAGAUACCUCAGAUCUUCCGUGAGGAUCUGAAACCUUCAGCGAUAGGACCAACGGAUUUCCAACGCAUAUACAGGAUUCCCUGUGAUGAUCGGAUGUACGAAUUGUCGAGUGAAGCACCUUCAUUCGAUGUAUUUUACUUGCUGGAGGAUGGAAGAAUUUUCUUAAACAAUUCCAAGGAUAAAGCGCCUGAUGAAUUCCUGGGAAUUGAUGACUAUUGCUUCAGCAGUUGGAUGGGUGAGAAUGGCACCCACACGCGGAUCCUUGCGUGCUUGUCUACAUUCGAGAUGCAAGAUUUUCCUUUUCUGUAUGCCAUCAGUCUCGCAUUUCCCAUGCCCUUUCUCAUUGUCACGUUCCUUGUCUACGCCUGUUUGCCAGUGCUGAGGAAUAUCCAUGGGAUGAUCCUGAUGGCUUACGUUGCUUCUCUGUUCUUGGCUUACGGAGGAAUCACUCUUAUGAGGCUCGAAGUUGUCGACCCUCGGCACUCUCCAAUGGGCUGCACUUUUCUAGCAUUUUUCAAUUACUUAUGGCUCAUGUCAUCCUUCUUCUGGCUCAAUGUCAUGUGCUUCGACAUCUGGUUGACUUUCAGGAGUUCCCGGACACGGCAGGGUAGCGUCAAGCAGUGCAAGAAGGCGGAGUGCCGGAAAUUCACCGGUUACGCAAUUUAUGCUUGGGGCUGUCCAUCAAUCUUGACGAUCAUCUGUCUUAUGAUGGACUUUAUGCCCGGAUUCUUUGAUGAAUACCUUAGUCCCAGCUUCGGAGAAUUUACUUGCUGGUUUCAAGACGACAUUUCAGAAUCAAUUUUUCUGUACUGCCCCAUGGCAAUAACAGUCAUGUGCAAUAUCUCCUUGUUUAUAUCGACAACAAUUAAAAUCCUCCGGCAGAAGCGAGAGACGGCGUCACAGCUCGAGAGGAAGGACAGCCGUCGACACGAUGACAAGCAAUGGUUCAAUCUCUACCUGAAACUCUUCAUUAUAAUGGGGGUAACUUGGUCAAUGGACAUUAUUGGCUGGCUACUGGGGACCGAGAGCCCUUGGGUGCGGUACGUGGCAGACGGUAUCAACGGCAUCGAGGGCGUCAUGAUCUUCAUAAUCUUCGUGUGCAAGAACAAAAUAAAACGGCUGCUGAUGAAACGGUUCAAAUGCGGAGAAGCGAGUGCCCCGAGAGCCGUCUGAAAUAUGAACUAUUUUUGCUUCUUAUUCAGGAGAGACUGGACAAUGUAAAUUAUUAGUGUGACAACAGUAUUAAACUUUUCAGAAAAUACAUGAAAAUUAAACGAA